AUGGCUCCAAAAAUACUUAAAGACGGCACGGUGCUGUCCUAUAACGCAUCCACGCAGUCGAUAAAGGCACUUCAGCGCGCUUCGAUCUUGAUUGUCGAUGACCGUAUUACCGCCAUAGAAGAGAACAGCGAUGAUCUCUCUGCUCCGUCAAGAACCGAGACCAUUGAUGUCUCGGGGAAGAUUGUCUCCCCGGGGUUCGUCAACACACAUGUCCAUGUGUGGGAGACUGUCUACCGCUCCAUGGGACCUGACACGACUCUGGCGGAGUACUUUGGCUGGGUUAGCCACAUGUCGGAGAUCACACAGGCUGCGUUCACGCCAGACGACAUUUACAUAAGCUCUGUGGAGGGCAACUGGUCAGAACCCGUAAUGGAAUCGGGCUACCGGGCGGCUGUCGAUAGCGGGGCGAGGGUGUGGUGGUGCUAUGAUGUUAGGCAUAAGGAGGGAUUUUCUAGUGACGAACAGUGGGAAGCUUACGGCGCUCUCAUCAAAGAUAAAAGCAGUCCCCGCGUCCUGCCUGGGCUAGCCCUGGACGGGCUGGCAUGGACUGUUAUGAACGGCGAUGGAAAGGGAGCGGAUCUCAUUCGUGAGAAAAAGGAGAAGCUGGGCUUGCAAGCCCUCACUAUGCACCAUCUUGGUGGACCGUGGCCUCCCAUGAAUACAUCCCCCACCACAGUCUGCGCUGACAAUAACAUCCAUGAGGCCAAUCUUCCGAUCAUUUUCUCCCAUGCAUCCUUUCUUACCGACUCAGACAAGGACCUCAUGCGUAAGCAUAACGUCUUUAUCUCCAUCACUCCUGAAUCCGAAUGCCUCUACGGGCAGGGCCAGGAGACCGGCCACGAGGUGUCCGACCAGGCAUCCCUGGGCGUUGACACGAACUGGAAUUUCUCUGGGGAUAUUGUUGGCCAGGCACGGCUUUGGCUGCAGCUGGUACGGUUCCGGAACUACACCAAGACCCUCGCAGCUGGCCUGAUACCAAAGGCGAGCCCGAUGGCCGUGGAGCAGGCUUUCCUGCUUGGCACAAGACAGGGAGGCCGUGCUCUACGAAGAGACGAUAUCGGCGUCAUUACUGUCGGAGCGAAGGCAGACCUUGUCAUCUUCAAUGGCGAUAGCCCGAGUAUGCUAGGUUGGAGCGACCCCAUAGCAGCGGUGAUACUACACGCCAGCUCCGGAGAUAUAGAGCAUGUCUUGGUGGAUGGGGAAUGGAAAAAGAAGGAUUUCAAACUCGUUGACCUGCCUACCGGUGCAUCGUGGGACGAGCUGCGUGAGCGAUUUUUGGAGUCCUCAAAGCGCAUCCAGCCUCAUUUCAAGACUCCGCCGCCCCUACCGGAGAAGCUUUUUGGUGUAGCUGACUUCGGAGAGGUUGAGAAUGUUAGUACUGUCUUUAAACCAUCGUGA